GAAAAUCCUAUGAAAUCAGUUAUAUCCGACUCAAGUUUCACACCAGCCGGCCAGAGAGUUUUGUCAUUUACAAGAGGACUCAUGAGGGAGGCUCCUGGAUCCCGUACCAGUACUACAGCGCCACCUGUGGCAAAACCUACAGAAAAAACGGCAAAGGAUACCUCCGCCCAGGAGAGGAUGAGCAGCAGGCCACCUGUACAGACGAGUUCAGCGACAUCUCACCCCUCACCGGCGGCAAUGUGGCUUUCUCAACUCUAGAGGGGCGACCAAGUGCCUACAACUUUGACCACAGCCCUGUGCUGCAGGACUGGGUGACAGCCACUGACCUUCUCAUUUCCUUGAACCGGCUCAACACCUUUGGGGAUGAAUUCUUCAAAGACCCAAAUGUUCUCCGUUCCUAUUAUUAUGCCAUCUCGGAUUUCUCAGUGGGAGGCAGGUGCAAAUGCAACGGCCAUGCAAGUGAGUGUGUAAGCAACGAAACUGGGAGGCUUGCCUGUAAUUGUCAUCACAACACUGCGGGCCCUGACUGUGAGAAAUGUCAGCCUUUUUUCCAUGACAGGCCCUGGGCAAGGGCAACAGCUGACUCAGCUAACGAAUGCCUCACUUGCAACUGUAGCGGCCGCUCUGAAGACUGUCACUUCGAUGCUGAGCUCUACCGGAGCACAGGGCACGGAGGCCGUUGUGUAAACUGCAGGGACGGCACGGCUGGACCCAACUGUGAGGGCUGCAAAGAAAACUUCCACCGAAGCAGCCCAGAGGACGUCUGUCUCCCUUGCAAUUGCAGUGUCAUCGGUUCAUCAAGCCUGCAGUGUGGAGGUGACGGGAACUGCAUCUGCAAGCUAAGUGUAACUGGGGAGAAAUGUGACAGCUGUCAGCCGGGAUACCACUCACUCACUGAGGGUGGCUGCAGGCCUUGUGCGUGUCACCCAGCCGGCAGUGUGGGGUUAUGUAACCCCCUGAAUGGACAGUGUGACUGCAAGGAAAACGUGGAGGGAUAUCAGUGUGACAGGUGCAAGCCUGGUACUUUUAAUCUAGAUUCUCAGAAUCCUGCUGGCUGCACCAGUUGUUUCUGCUAUGGGCACUCUGCAGCAUGUACCUCCUCAGGGCAAUACUCUGCAUUCAGCAUCACCUCAGACUUCACAGAGGAUCUGGAUGGCUGGGUAGGGGAGUUCUUAGAUGGGUCUGAAUCCCUGUUGAUUUGGAAGGAGGGAGAGAUCUAUUUACUUCCACACACUGAAGAAGAUUCUGGCUUCUUUAAAGCACCAGGGAAGUUUUUGGGGGACAAACUCCUCAGCUACGGGCAGCCCCUCUCUUUGACGUUCAUAGGAGAAAGCAAGGAGCUCCUGCCUUCCUUUGUGACGCUGAUAAUCGAAGGUUCGGGGAUGAGAUUGUCGGCACGUCUUUUUCCGCAGAAUAAAACUGUGACAGACUCCCCCCCGCAACAAACAUUUGUAUUCAGGCUUCAUGAGGGACAGGCAGGCCAGCAGAUCCCUUUGUCAUCCUUUGAGUUUCAUCGACUUCUCUCCAACCUCACAGCCAUUAAAAUAAGCAACGCUGGGGGCCACAGCUAUGCAGCCCAGCUAUCGGAGGUUACCCUCGUGUCUGCAGCCCCAGGACUGGAGCCUCCUGCCCCCUGGGUGGAGGAGUGCAUUUGCCCCCUGGGGUACGUGGGGCAGUUCUGUGAGUUCUGCGCCCCAGGGUAUAAACGAGAUACCCCCAGCGGCGGACCCUUUGCUCGCUGUGUGCCCUGUACCUGCAACCAGCACGGGGUGUGCGAUGGAGAGACAGGCCUAUGCCAGUGCAGAGACAACACCGUCGGGCCUAGCUGUGAGCGCUGUGCUGACGGUUUCUAUGGAAACGCUUUACUUGGGACUUCCAGUGACUGCCAGCCCUGCCCGUGCCCGCACCAGUCCAGCUGUGCAGUGAUUCCAGCUACAGGGCAGGUCGUCUGUACAGACUGCCCGCCAGGGCAACGAGGAACUCGCUGUGAAAUGUGUGACGAUGGUUUCCACGGUGACCCGCUGGGGCGCCGUGGCCAGGCAAAGCCCUGUCGUCCCUGUCAGUGCAGCGGGAACGUGGACCCCAAUGCCAUCGGGGUCUGUGACCAUGUGACCGGGCGCUGCUUCAAGUGCCUGCACAACACAGAGGGAGACCGGUGUGAACGAUGCAAGGACGGUUACUACGGCAACGCACUAGACCAGGGAACACUCAGCAAAUGCAAGCCUUGCAACUGCAGCCCCUCUGGGUCAGUGAGUCCGUCCGCAGGCUGCAGUGCCCAGACUGGGCAGUGUGAGUGCCUGAGUCACGUGACCGGACGAGACUGCAGCCACUGCGAGACCGGCUUCUUCAACCUGCAGCCAGGAGAGGGCUGUCAGAGAUGCACCUGCAACCCCACUGGUUCAGUAUCCAGCGCCUGUCACCCAAUCACAGGACAGUGUUUGUGCCGCCCAGGGGUCGAGGGGUCAGCGUGUGACUCGUGUCAUAAAGGAUUCUUCAGCUUCACUGCCCGGGGUUGCAGGGCAUGUAACUGCUCCCCCAUGGGUGCUGUCACCAUGCAGUGUCACAGCAACGGCACCUGUUUGUGUCGGGAGGGGUUUGUAGGGUACAAGUGUGAUCAGUGUAAGGUGAACUACUUCCACAGCAGAGCCACGCACCAGUGCGAGGAGUGCCCAGUGUGCUACGGCUUGGUGAGAGAUGAGGCAGCCAAACUGAAGGAAAAGCUGCAAGCUUUGGAAGAGCAGCUGGAGAAAUUCGAUUGCCGGUCUCACAGAGGCUACGAGCAUUACCCUGUGCAAAGGGAAGGUUCCCUCAGCAACUCACUGGAGGACUUACUGGAAAUGCAAAAUGCCAGAGACGCUUUCCUGAAUCAGUUUAUGGAAUUAGAGACGUCAGUCCGGACCAUACAAGAAAGGCUGAGCAAUAUCAGCCGUGACUUGAACUGCAGCGGGGCAGGGAACGAUAAACACUGCAGCGCUCUCAACGACACAGGCUCCAGCAUCCAGGCCACACAGGGACAGCUGCAGCUAGCCAGGGAAACACUGGACAAUAUGGUGAUUCCCCUUGAUCUCCCCAGGGAACCGAACAAAUGGACAAUACUAGUAAAUGAAUCCCAGGUUCUAGCUGUCAGUCAAAAAUCAUUGGCAGAUUAUGUGGAAUCAGUAGCCAAAAAGGCUCUUUUGGCUUCAAAGCAAACAUUGUCUCUGCUUUCAACCAUUGUGGAGGACCAUUCAGCUGAAAGCUACGUGAGAGACCUCGCAGGGCAGUUCUUAGAUAUGCAUGAAGCUAAAGCCAAUUUAACAGAGUCAGUGGAGGAAACACUGACAGAAGCCAAGAAAGCGUACAGUUCGGUCCAAAGGAUUAACACUGAGAUUGCCGAGGUCCUGACCAAUAUCACAGACUCACACACGGAAAUACCUCUAUCGGACGCAGUGAGAAACAAGACUGAGGAGUUGGAUCGAUUAUCACAGUCUAAAGAGGAACUGAUCAGCAAAGCAGUGUCGGAGCUUCAGCCACAGAUAGACUCCCUGAUCAAAAGCAUGGAGAGUGUAGAGCAACUCGAUCCGUUAACAGCCCGUGCCAAUCAAUCUCAGAGCCUCGCCGUGGUAUCGGUUGUGAGGGGGAAAGAAGUGGAGGCAGAAGCCAGUGCGUUACUGAAGGAGCUGGAGGCCAUGAAGAAAACGUGGAGUCGAAAGCAAACCCAAACCAAAGUUGCAGUGAAGAAGAUGAGGAUGGUGAAGGAGAAGGUCAUGGUGGACGCCAAGAAAAAGACCAAACAGGCAGUGAACGCGGUGACCCCAGCAGUCUCCGACUCCAGCCAGGCUAUCGCCAAAGCGCGGGAAGCCAAGAGACUCGCCACGGAAGCAGCUGCAGAUGCAAAAGCUGCUCUCAAAGAAAGUGAGAAAUCCAGCGGAAAAGCUACUGAAUUGAGCUGGACAAUGAGUGCUGUCCUGCACCAAGUCGCUGCCCAGGAGAUGAAAGCAGCGGAGCUGAAGAGAGACAUGUGGGAAAUGGAAGAGAUAGCGGCUAACAUGGGAUGUGUCAGGGAAGACAUGAAGACAGCCAAACGGUCCUUGGAGAGUUGCGCAUUGGUCUUGAAGGAUCUGCUUGCAAAGUUAGAGACCAGCCAGGUGGACGAGAAGUUUGAGAGCAUCUUAAACGAGACGGAGACUCAGCUGAGGAUCCUGCAGCUGGGAAUGCAGAAUGAGGGGCUGAGGCUGAGAAUACAGACACUGCACGAGGCAGCCCGCCAGCAGGAGAGCCAGAUGAAAGAGGUGGAGAAGGACAUUGCGCAGAUCCUGGAAGAGAAAAUCAAUCUGGAGGACAUUGCCCAGAAUUUGCCCGAGGGCUGCUUCAACAGGCCGCAGACGGGGAGAGGGUGAAAAGGCCACGGGCAGGAGCGGACUGGGGGUUGGUUUUAAGGAUCCACUGCACUGCUGAUUAGAGAGCACAGUGGAAGUUUUAUAUCAAUACAAUUUCCUUUUUAUUAAUUUCCCGUCAAGAAAAUGCAGCUGAAAAAGACAUUAAGAGCGCCAGCGAAUUGCUCGCUGGCAAGCUUGCCAGCCAGGAUGUGGAAAGGCUCUGGUUCAAAGCUUCAUUUUGAUCUGUUCUUCUUGGCGUUAUUUCCCCAGGAUGGUCAAUGCAAUGAUUUGAAAAGCUGCUCUUCGGCAUUCACUAGACUAGAUCCUGUGCAUUUAAGUCAUAUUUUAUCAUCUCAUGAUUUUUGUUCAUAAUCACGGUUUUUCCAAUUUAGUAUUUGUUUUACUGGAUAACCUUGGACCAUCUUCAAUUAGAUUUCAUUUUAUAAACUCGACACUAUAUUUGUUACUGGUAUUCAGUAUUUCAAUGUAAAUUGAAGGAAAGAAAGAAACAAACAAUCUGUUAUCCAGUUUAGGAAAAAGCAACUUGAAGCAAGACUGAUUUGUGAAAACCAACAACAUUUUUGUGCCAAACAAGACAUUGGAGUUAAAUAUCUUUUUUACAACCGGUCAGUAAAGAUCUUCAUAGGCUUUGGGCGUGUUGUUCAGUGUUUUUUGACUUGCAUUGCUCUCUCGAUCCACAAGGUGGUGCUGUUGAAAAAUGAAAAAAGGACACAACACAAACUUUGAAAAAAAGUUUUAUAAAAGUGUACAAUAAAAAAAAAAAUUAACAAAACAAAACACAGCUGACAAUAAGAAAGGAUUAUGUAACAGAACACGCCUUCCGAUGUUAUAUUUAAGCAUUGUGCCAUUAUUAGAUCACAUAAAUAAUAAACAGCUUCAUAAACAAUAA